AGAUGACAUGUUAAUGUCACUCUUAUUCGUCAACAUUCACUAUCACCUACUUGUUUUAAUAUUUUGGGAAUAAACUUGUAGGAAUAGAAACUUGUGAUUCGAAAACUGCAAUGGUAUAAUUAUUAUUUACAUUAUACUUAAAGAUACAUUCUCAAAGUUCAAUCAAGACAGUUUUAGUUUUGAUACUUUACUAUGGAGUCUUCAUCGAUUGUUAGUUUCAACAAUGAUUCUACAUUCCAGUCGACGUUGAAAGCAGAAUAUAACAACGUCAGUGUCCACGAACUAGCCCUACACGCGAUGAGAGAUCGAUGUCUGCUGUUGCAGCGGAGAAUAAACACAUUGGAAACUGAUAACAUGAAGUUGAAACUGGAAACCACAAAAACUAAACAAGGAUCACAGUACAUACCUUUACAAGAAGAUGAGAGAUAUCAGCUGCAACAAAAGAUUGCUGAACUAAAGAAACAAAAGUCACAACUCAUGCAUCAUGUUUUUAUGGUAUCAUGUGAAAACAAAACCUUAUGGAACAAAAUUGCCUGUAUAAAAGGUCCUGAAAAACUACCUACUGAACAAGCUAAACAUCCUUUAAUCCGAACGAACACAUACAUCCAUAGCACUCCAAAAACAAGUUCAAACUAUCAGGAAAAGUUUUCCGAGUCAAGUUUAGAAGAGAUUUCUCUAAAAGUAAUAAACAGUUAUAUUCAAGAGAAGUCACAGUUGGUAGAACAGUACGAGCAAAUGAGUGAGUUACAAGAUGCAGAUGACGAAAUGUUGAAUGUAGAUUCUAUAGGCUUCACUUACAUUGAAGAACCGGCAACGGAUUCUUUGAAAGAGAUCCGGAGCCAGACGGAGAAGCUGCAGCAGUUGAAGAAAGAAAUGGCUCAGCAGGAGAAAGACCUUAAAUUAGCUAUAUCAAGGGUAGAAAGUGUAUUGAAGUAUGGAUACAAAUGCCCAACAUGCAUUGCAAAUAGUACAAAAAUAACAACAUCUGAGAAUAAAGAAAUAGAGACCAGCGACAGUCUAGCCAACUGGGCCACGCCCGUUGACUCCAGCACUUAUAAUGACACUUUCAAUGAUUUAAACACUUCGGCAUUCAAGAAGAACCCAGAGCAAGACUCAAAAGACUCUUUGUCACCUACAACUGAUAGAAUUUGCCCUAUGUGUGGAGAAGCAUUCCAAAAAGAUGUUGCUUUUAAUGAAUUUCAAGCUCAUGUGGAAUCCCAUUUUACUGGGGAUAUAGAGCCAGAUUCUAUUAUUGAUGAUUUUGAUAAUAUUCCUAAUUCAUUUGAUAAUGUAAUAUAAUUUUUGGUUAAUUAAUUUUAGACACCUAUGAAGCCUUUGCCAAGCAAUGUAAUGUAAAUUGAAGUAAUGUAAUAUUUUAAGGUAAUUUUUAAAUGCAACAGUGGCAAGUUAAUAAUAAAUGUACCUGGAAAAUAAUGAUUUAGAUCAGGUGUCACCAAAUGGCGGACCGGGAUCUGGACUUAUUUAAUAAACUCAAGCAGAAACAGACCGCAACUAACAUUUUAUUUUAAGAACGUGGCCCCUGAUUUAGAUUGUGUUGUCAGUAAUAUUUCAAGUCUCGUAAGGUUUGUUUGUUGCUAGGACGCUUAUAAUAUCCUAGUUUCUGGUCGUGACUUCGUCUGCAUGGGAUGACGAUGAAUAAUUAAAACUAUCCUAUGACCUUCCGCGGGCCCCAAACAAUCACCAUAUGAAAUCUCAUCUAAAUUGCAAUUAAGCAAAGUGGUAACAAAGAGAUUACUUUCACAUUUAUAGGUAAUAUUAAUGACCCGCGCCGGCUUUGCACAGGUUACACAAAAACCUUAACAAACUAUACACCUAAAUCUUCCUCAAGUAUCACUCUAUUCAUAGGUGGAAACCGCAUAAAAAUCCGUUUAGUAGUUUUUGAGUUUAUCGCGAACAUACAUACAGACAGACGCGGCAGAGGUCUUUUAAGUUGUACAGGUGUAGUAUUGAUAUUUCUGAAAAUGCACUAUUGAUCAAGUACAAAUUUCUAAGUGAGUUCAUUAGAUGGCGUGUUAUAAUGCUGAAAAAGUUGAGCAGUCACAGUAAGAUUUCAAAAAAUUCAAGGGAUUAUUUAUUAUAAUCCUAAAUAAAAAUGUGUACUUUAUUUGCCCUUUAGUCUUCUCAGUACACAAUUAUUUACUUGCUUCUUGUGCUACUGAAUGAAAUUAAGUGUUUUAGUAUAAUUAUUUAUUUAAUAAAAUUCUACAAACUA